CGUAGCGAUCUCUUUCAUUAAAAUUUCCAAAGAGGACGGAAAGUCGGUGGCCUGAAAACAGGGAUUUGGAGCUUUGACAUUUGUUGAUCCCAAGAUGUUAGGCUGGGCAAUAGCUUUGCCAAUAAUUGGAACCUACAUUGUAACUUCUGUAGUCCUUUUAAACCUUCCUUGGCUCGUUCAUAGGAGGAAACAAACGAAGUUCCGUUGUCGCCACAUUAGUCAUAGAGGAGGGGCUGCAGAAAAUUUAGAGAAUACGAUGACAGCCUAUCAUCAUGCCUUAAAAAUGGGAACAGAAAUGCUUGAAUUAGAUGUUCGCCUUACAGCAGAUGAACAGGUUGUUGUAUGUCAUGAUGAUGAACUUUCCCGUGUAACAAACACAGACUUGAAGAUUUGUGACUUGAAUUUCAAGGAUUUACCUUGCCUUAGCAGAACACUUGCUGUACAAUUUCAACCAGGUGUGUCAUGUGAUAUGAAAAACGAUGACUGUCACAUUCCACUGCUGGACACUGUUUUUGAGGCAUUUCCUAAUAUUCCAAUAAAUGUGGAUAUCAAAACCAACUCUGAUCUACUAAUAGACAAGACUCAUGAACUGAUCUCCAAGCAUAACAGAAAGGAUUUAACAGUUUGGGGAAACUUUUCUGCAGAUGUUACUGAAAAAUGUUACAAAAAGGAUCCAGAGAUUCCAGUCAUGUUUUCAAUGAAGCGUUGUGCCAUACUGGUCUUCUUGUUUUAUUCUGGUUUACUGCCAUUUAUUCCUAUCAAGGAAUCCUUCUUAGAGAUCAUGUUACCUGUCACGAUGAUCAGACGUUUUGAAGUGCCUCGUACUAUGAAGAUCUUGUGUCAUAUAGUUGACUGGUUUUUAAUCAGCCCAAUCCUUUUCAACCAUUUGGAAAAGAGAGGAAUCCAGACCUACUUGUGGGUGCUUAAUGAAGACAGUGAGUUUGAUUUUGCUUUUAACAAGCUCAAGGUUGCUGGUGUCAUGACAGAUUAUCCCACAAGACUCAGGGACUAUCUGCGCAGUAGCAAUUUAAAUCCUGGGCAGCCUGUGCCUACUGCUAAUGGAAGCGAAAGGAGUGAACUAAUUAAAAAGGAUUAAACAUA